UCAUACUAUUUAGUCCAAACUCUCUCUCUCGCUCUCUCUCCAAAUCACUAGAGACGGUAAUAAUGGCUACAGUUGGACUGUGGAAGGCUCCUUCUCGAAACUCUCUGGGAUUCAUCAGUGAGAGGAGUGAACUUCGUGCGACGCCGUCUAGGAGUUUAUCGUUCGCAUCCUCCAAUCUCUCUGGCGACAAGCUGAUCUCGUCUGUGUUCUUUCAACGACGCUGUUCUGUAGCACAUUCCGAUGGGAGAGUUCCGUUCAUCGUGUCUCCCAAGGCUGUUUCUGAUUCCAGGAAUUCGCAGACAUGUCUUGACCCCGAAGCUAGCCGAAGUGUCUUGGGGAUUAUUCUUGGAGGUGGAGCUGGGACCCGCUUGUACCCGCUCACAAAGAAGAGGGCAAAACCAGCUGUUCCUUUAGGAGCUAACUACCGGCUGAUAGAUAUUCCUGUCAGCAAUUGCUUGAACAGUAACAUAUCCAAGAUCUACGUUCUUACGCAAUUCAAUUCUGCAUCUCUCAAUCGCCACCUUUCACGGGCAUAUGCAAGUAACAUGGGUGGAUAUAAGAAUGAAGGUUUUGUUGAAGUUCUUGCUGCUCAACAGAGUCCAGAAAACCCCAAUUGGUUCCAGGUGCAAGCUUACUUGUAUGAUGGCUACUGGGAAGACAUUGGUACAAUUGAGGCUUUUUAUAAUGCGAAUUUGGGGAUCACAAAAAAGCCAGUGCCAGAUUUCAGCUUCUAUGAUCGUUCAUCCCCCAUAUACACUCAACCUAGAUAUUUGCCUCCGUCCAAGAUGCUCAAUGCUGAUGUCACAGAUAGUGUUAUUGGCGAGGGUUGUGUGAUUAAGAGCUGUAAAAUUCAUCAUUCUGUGGUUGGUCUUCGAUCUUGCAUAUCAGAGGGUGCAAUAAUAGAAGAUACGUUGUUAAUGGGAGCAGAUUAUUACGAGACCGAUGCUGAUCGAAGGUUUCUGGCGGCAAAGGGUAGCGUUCCAGUUGGUAUCGGCAAGAACUCUCACAUCAAGAGAGCAAUUAUUGACAAGAAUGCUCGCAUAGGGGAGAAUGUGAAGAUCAUUAACAGCGACAAUGUUCAAGAAGCAGCGAGAGAAACAGAUGGAUACUUCAUUAAGAGCGGGAUUGUGACUGUAAUCAAGGAUGCCUUGAUUCCCAGUGGGACUGUCAUCUAGGGAUGUUACUUGCUCAUUCCCGUGCGUGCCAUGUUACAGGUAACGUAAUCAUACGAACUCUCAUCUUUUUUGUAUCAUAUAGUAUGGUUAUCGCGUAGUAACAUAAUGUAUCUGGUAGUGGAAGAGCAGACUUGUUAUGUUGUAAAGGUACGUUGGCGGAUCAACGGAUCAAAUAAUAGUUCAAUUUUAUAAAUCAGCCUU